GCUUGCUUGCAUGUGUGUGUUUGUACAUUCGAAUUGUCUUAAACAUGUCAAAAUGAACAAAAACAGAUCGGAUGGAAGCAGACAUUGCAAAGACACAAAGCUGAAGAAUGUCUUUUGCUUCACGCUGCAGGAUUUAGGCAGUUUAGCGCUCUCUCACACAAAGCAGCAGACACCAUGAGCUCCAUUCACUGCAGAGCCACGACUCCCAACACACUUUCUGCUGUCUCUGACACUUAGAGCACUUUGAUUUGUGCAUUGGAGAGCUGGAAUAGUGUGUGUGUGAAGAGGAACCACUGAUGUGUCACAGGAAAACUGAGAGACUAACUUGGAAAGAUGGCCUCACAGCGCUCUUUGCUGCUUCUUUGAAGGGCAUUCUUUGCAGCUAAAGUCAUAUAUCUCAGUAUGGAGGAUCUCCGAACUGAAGCAGGGCAGAAGACAAGGAUGAGAAAGCUUUGACAGAAAGACCACAGAGGAAUUUUGCAAUCGCAGACCGAAAUCACGGACUGAUUUUUUUUUUAUAACAAGAGCACUGAAUGAUGUCUCUGCUGGCUGUUCUGUGUGUUUUGUAUGUCUGGAGUCCAGCAAUGCUGACCGGUGGGCUGGGAUCAACACUGGAUAGCCUACCUCGGAAAACAGUGCCAAUUGGAAGUAAUGGAGGACGUUUGUUUCGUGAAGAGGGAAUUUGGAACUACACCACCAUGCUUCUGAGGGAUGAUCUCAACCUGCUCAUCCUGGGUGCCAGAGAAGCCAUUUUUGCACUUGACCUCGAUGACAUUACAAUCAAGAAGGCCAUGUUGAAAUGGGAAGUAACACGUGACCAGCAAAACGACUGUUCAAAUAAGGGGAAAGAUGCUACGAAUGACUGCAAAAACUAUAUUCGAAUUCUUCAUAAAAAGGACGACGGCAGAAUGUAUGUCUGUGGAACCAAAGCGUUCAACCCCACCUGUGGCUAUUUGUCCUAUGCGGAUGGUAAGCUGACUUUAGAGAUCCUCCAAGAAGAUACGAAAGGGAAAUGUCCGUUCGACCCUUUUCAGCGAUAUACAUCUGCAAUGGUCGAUGGAGCGUAUUACUCUGCUACUUCAAUGAACUUUCGGGGUUCAGAGCCGGUGAUGAUGCGCAGCACAGAGGAAAGCAUUCGAACUGAGUUUACAAGCACCUGGCUCAGUGAACCAAAUUUUAUCCACAUGGCCCACAUACCAGAGGGCCAAUCUAAUCCAGAUGGGGAUGAUGACAAGAUCUAUCUGUUCUUCAGUGAGACGGCAGUGGAAUAUGAGUCAUACACAAAGGUGGACGUGUCUCGAGUGGCUCGUGUGUGCAAGGGUGACUUGGGUGGGCAGAGAACGCUACAAAAGAAGUGGACGUCAUUUCUAAAAGCUAGGUUCGACUGUCAAGUUCCAAACACCAAUCUCCCUCUUCUGGUGCAGGAUGUUUUCCACUUGUGUCCAGAUGACUGGACCACCUGUGUUUUUUAUGCUGUCUUUACCCCACAAUCAGACUCCUCUCAGUAUUCUGCUGUAUGUUCAUACAAAAUUGAAGACAUCAAGACCGUGUUCUCGAAGGGCAAAUUUAAGGCUCCGUUUAAUGUGGAGACGUCAUUUGUGAAGUGGGUGAUGUACUCAGGCGAGCUUCCUGAUCCCCGACCCGGAGCGUGCAUUGACAAUCAUGCCAGAGAAAAGGGCAUCACCAAAUCUCUGGAGCUUCCAGACAAAACGUUACAGUUUGUCAAAGACAAGCCUCUGAUGGACCAGGCCGUCACUGCAGAGCAACCCCUGCUGGUGAAGAGAGGAGCUGCGUUCACUAGAAUAGUAGUGACCACCGCGACCGCCUUGAAUGGGACCAGCCAUCAAGUCAUGUUCAUCGGCACAAAGAGUGGAUCAGUCCUGAAAGCUGUGAAUUAUAAUGGAGAGAUGGUCAUUAUGGAAGAGAUUCAGCUAUUUGAGCCCUCGGAGCCCAUCAAGAUACUGCGUCUUUCAAGCAGCAAGAAGCAGCUGUAUGUGGGUUCGGAGGUGGGCGUGGUUCAGCUGUCAAUCAGUGAAUGUGGGCGGUACCAGACAUGUCUGGACUGUGUUCUGGCCAGGGAUCCGCACUGUGGCUGGGACCUCGAUACUGAGCACUGUGCUACUAUUAACAGCAUCCACAGAACCAGAAGCAGCACUGUGAUUCAAAGCUUAAAUGAUGGAGAUGCCAGUCAAUGUCCAGCAAUAGGUGUCAGUAAACCAGUCAACAUCUCCUUUUACCACGGGAAUACUGUGAAGCUGGGCUGCCAGCCUUAUUCCAACCUGGCGCAGGUUGAAUGGCAGUUAAACGGGGAGCCAAUCAAACCAUCAAAUACCAUCCAGAUCCUCUCCGAUGGCUUGAUGAUAUUCAACGCAUCUUUGGACGCCACCGGCUACUACAUCUGCAGCUCCAUCGAGACCGUCUCCCAGCGCAAAUACCAGACUCAGCAUGUAGCGUAUGAUGUAAAGAUGUGGUCCGAAUCUGGAACCACAGCGUCACUUCAUCAUGUUAAGGAAAAAGAGCGCACCCUAGUGGCCAUGGUGGUGAUACUGUCACUAGUUCUAGCUGCAUUGUUGAUAUGGAACCUGUACAAAGGCCAUUUGUCUCUGCCAUGUUUACACAGGAGGGUAAAAGACACGCAAAACAGGCACGAAGACGAUGCUAACCAGGUUCAGCCACAGAGACUAGCAUCAUCGGUAGUGAACUUCAACAGCAACAACAACCACGCCAAUGACCAGAGGUAUUCCAGCUCUAGAGAAACAGACAGACUCUCGACCACUGCUGGGUCCACAGGUCAGAUGUCACUGAAAUACAUAGAUGAUGAAUCAGAGAUUUGAGACUUGUUAAUAUGCUACUUCGCCAUUUACAUGCAGACCAAGCACACUAGUGCGGAUUCCUCUUAUGCAGCUUUUAACACUUGACUAAACUGUGGUUUUGACCCAUUUUGUGUGUUUGAAUAAUCUCUACCUUUGGAAAUAAAAUAAAAAAUGUCUAUUUUACUU